AUGAGUUCUUGGUUAGAUUUUAUUGUUGCUUAUCGUGAAAGUGAAAGUUGUAUAGAUACCAUGUGGAUUAAGAAUAUUUUAAUUUUGAUUACUUCAACGGCUGUCUUAUGCAGACCAUUACCAAGAGCAACUCCCAUAUCUGUUUAUCAGCAAGGAAGUGGAGAAGAUCCACAAGAUUACCAACAACAAUACAGACAACCGGUUCAAUACAACCCGCAAUUAGUUUCACAAGUAAAACCAGUACCUAGAGCUUUGUAUAAAGGACAACAACAAGAACAAGAUCCAAAUUUGCUUCAACAGCAAGAAAAUGUCGAUUAUGAGCAAAAGAGGAAAUUAGUAGAUUCUUGUCAAACUUACAAAAGUGAUUUAACGUUUAAACAACUUGUUAAAGAAACUUGUCUUACUCUGCCAUUUAAACUCUCGAUAAACAGAGAAAGAUUGACUGUUAUUAAAAUGGCUGUCAUUUUUGAUUUACAUAAUUUUUUAAAAAAUCAAAAACUGGCAGAACCACCACAACCUUAUCAAUUUUCAUUUGAUGUUAAUGAUGAUGAAAACACCAACUAUCAAAAUAGAAAAGAACAAAGAGAAGGAAAUAAAAUUUCUGGAAGCUACAGUGUAGUUGAUGCUGAUGGCUUCAUUAGAACUGUUACCUACACUGCAGAUCCAGUUGAGGGAUUCAAAGCUCACGUUUCAAGAGAACCAACCAAUAUUGUUGUGAAAGUUCCAACACCACAACCAAGUACUGAUGAUACCCAAGCAAACUUAUACUCGCCCUCUCCUAAAGCUCAAUACAAUUCUGCUCAAGCAAAACAAGUUGGAAUUCAAUACAAUGGCGCCCCAGUUCCCAGACAACAAUUAGUUCAUCCACAACAAUCUGUAGUAACUGCUGCUCCAAGACACCAACCUACCCAACAAUAUGUACAGAGCCCACAACUUCAGUACCAGCCAGUUUACCAAGGACAAGCUAGCUUAAGGCAUGCUCAAGCUGUUUCACCUUCUGCUCAUCUGAAUCAAUAUACAGCUGAUGUGACUCCAGAUUCAGCUGGUGUAGACCCUUACUCUAAUCCACAUCAUGGUUAA